AUGGCAUCACCUACUCAUACGAAUUUGAUGCGCGAUUUACUACGAGCAGUACAAGAGUUGAGCAGGCAAAAUCAAGCACCACAACCACAAAAUGUACUGCCACAGCAGAAUGCACCACGUUUUGCCCCUGGAGCUGUCUCAGUGGUUGAGCAGUUUCGUAGGUACAAGCCUCCCACUUUUGACGGUAAUUCUGAACCACUAGUUGUCGAAGAGUGGAUAAGAGGCCUGGAGCGCAUAUUUCGACACAUUGCUUGUACGGAUGCACAGAAAGUAUUAUGCGCGGAAUUUAUGUUGAUUGGAACAGCUGGUCACUGGUGGGAAUCUGUUUCACGUACAAGGACGGAAGAGCAGCAACGCAAUCUGACUUGGGAGCAGUUUAAAGAUGAAGUGAUGGCAAAAUAUUUCCCACGGGCUUUGAGGGACUUCAAGGAAUCAGAAUUUCAGCAGCUCAGACAGGGAAACAUGUCACUUAUUGAUUAUGAAAGACAGUUUGAGCAGCUCUCAAGGUAUGCCUCGCACUUGAUGGAUACAGAAGUUAAGAAGAUUAGGAGGUUCGAGAAUGGACUGCGCCCUGAGAUCGGCAUGAUCAUUAUGUCCCAUCGUUUCACCUCAUAUCGUGAAAUGUUGGAGAGGGCUCAUGCUAUUUCAUAUCAGAGGACCUCAUUUGAACAGUAUGCCCAGCAGAGCAAGGAGUCGUUGGGGAAAAGGAAGUGGAGUGAUCAAAGUAAGAACAGACAUAACUGGCACAAUAAAAGGCCAAGCACAGGAGUUCGUAUUGGUGGGACGAGUGGGAGUAUUACACCCUGUCCUAAGUGUAAUAAACUCCACAGAGGUGAAUGUUUACUUGGGAAGAACAUGUGUUUUCGGUGUGGUAAGCCCAGACACAUUGCUCUCCACUGCAUAGAGCCUCCAAAGAAGAAAGAUGAUGAUCAAGACAAGAAUAAGAAAGCAAAGGCUCGAGUUUUUGCACUGAAUCAACAUGAGGCGGAGUAG